GCAACACUACCUGGUACAACACUACCUGGUGCAACACUACCUGGUACAACACUACCUGGUACAACACUACCUGGUACAACACUACCUGGUACAACACUCCCUAGUCCAACAGUCCCUGGUACAACACUACUUGGUACAACAAUAUGUGGUACAACACCCCUUGUACAGCACUACCUGGUACAAGACUCCUUGGUACAAAACCCUAGUACAACACUACAUGGUACAACUCUACUCAGUAUAAAACUACCUGGUUCAACACUACCUGGUUCAACUCUACCUGGUACAACACUACCUGGUACAACACUACUUGGUACAACACUCCCUGGUACAACUCUCUGGUACAAUGCUACCUGGUAAAACUCUACCUGGUACAACACUCCCUGGUACACCACUUCCUAGUACAACACUACCUUUUACAACACUCUGGUACAGUGCUACCUGGUACAACACUACCUGGUACAAAUCAGUACAACACUACCUGGUACAAUACUACCCAGUACAACAGUACCUGGUACAACCCUCUUUGAUACAACUUCCUGGUACAAUACCUGGUACAACACUCCCUGGUAUCACUCACACAGAUACAACACUCCCAGGUACAACACACCAGGGUACAACGCUCCUAGGUACAACACACCCUGGUACAACACUCCCAGGUACAACACACCCUGGUACCACACUCCCAGGUACAACACUCCCUGGUAGAACACUCCCAUGUACAAUACACCCUGGUAGAGCACUCCCAGGUACAACACAUCUUGGUAGAACACUCCCAGGUAGAACAUUCCCAGGUACAACACUCUCUGGUACAACACUCCCAGGUACAACACUCCCUGGUACAACACUCCCAGAAAGUUUCUUUUGAGUGGAUAAUGGAGUAGAGAAAUAGAGAGUAGUGAAGGUAGACUUAGACUAGACAUAAUAUCUGCCUAUCAGGAACAUGACUGCCCCAACAGCAGCAGCAGUGUCACCAACAUCACUGGUGGAACUCUCUGUCUCGUGCAGGAAUCUCCGAGACACUGAUGUCUUCACCAAGUCUGACCCGGUUUGUGUGAUAUAUUAUCAGCCUUUCGGAGCUAAACAAUGGGCAGAGUAUAAACGAACUGAAUGUGUUGAAAAUACUCUCAAUCCAGAUUUUGCUACUAAAAUCCCCAUUACUUACCAUUUUGAAGAGCAGCAGCAUCUCAAAUUUUUAAUUUAUGACAUUGAUUAUAAUUCUCCAAACCUUGACCUCCAUGAUUUUCUUGGAGAAUUUGAAUGCACUCUUGCUCAUUUAGUUAGUUCUCAGAAAGUUCAUAAACCUCUGGUUAAUAAAAAUUACAGUGGAGAUAAUGGCUCGAUUGUGAUUGUUACAGAAGAACUUAGUUCAUGUAAAGAAGAGCUUGAUGUUCAGUUUGUCGGAAAGAACCUUGAGAACAAGAGCUGGUUUAGUUCCAUAAAUCCUUUUUUAGAAUUCUUAAAGGCAAAUGAAGAUGGAACGUUCACUCUGGUGUACCGCACCGACCGCGCUCGAAGCACACAGAACCCAGCCUGGAAGGAAUUCUCAGUGCCUCUACGAACCUUCUGCAGUGGUGAUUAUGAGCGUAAUAUCCAGGUACACUGCAAAGACUACAAGCAGAAUGGUAAUCACAAGCUUAUUGGCAGUUUUUACACUACAGUACGAAAACUGACUGAAGGCGGUCUGGGACCAAACAACACCUACUGGCUCAUCAAUGAAGAGAAGAAGAAAAGGAAAGGUAGCAGCUACAAGAACUCUGGUGAGGUGGUACUUAACAAAGUGCAUAUUCGUCAAGUCUUCUCCUUCCUCGACUACAUCAAGGGUGGCAUGGAGAUAAAUGCCUUUAUUGGUAUCGACUUUACAGCAUCAAAUGGUAACCCUCAGACACCACAGUCUCUACACUUCAUCAAUCCAGCGGUGCCCAACCAGUACGCACAGGCCAUUCAGGCGGUGGGGCAGAUCAUAGAAGAUUAUGACACAGAUAAGCACUUUCCAGUUCUCGGCUUCGGAGCAAGAAUGCCGCCAGAUUAUACUCAAGUGUCGCAUGAAUUUUUUGUUAAUGGAGAUCCAUCCAAUCCCUAUUGCCACAGAGUUCAAGGAGUGCUUGAGGCCUACUAUGCAUGUGUGAGUCGUGUUCAACUCUAUGGACCCACAAACUUUGCUCCAAUCAUCAACCAUGUUGCUCGGUUUGCUUGCUCUAACAAGGCCGGAGACAAGUACUUCAUUCUUCUCAUCCUCACUGAUGGUAUAAUCACUGACAUGGCUCAUACUAAAGAG